UUCCAGAUUCCGCAGUGAUCUGCUUUAUUUCAAAGUUCCCAGCUUUUGCUUUUUCAAUUUUCAUUUUGUAGAACAAAAAGUUCUCGACUUUAAUUUUGGUUCUUUGUGCUUUUGCUUUUAGUGGGUUGUGCUGGAUUUUGGAGCUUGAUUCUGUGAUUUUCAGAUGAGGGUUUAAGGAGAUAUGGUGUUAGGGUUUUAGGGCAACUAAAUUGUGUGCUGCAAUGGUUUGUGGUUGCUUCUCUGUGCUGAAAUGGCGUAAAGAAGAGAGAGCUUCCUCGUCUUCCUUCCAGGAGCAAGAUUUUUGGGUCUCUAUUGAAUUUCAGAACCAAAGUCUAGGUUUUUUUCAAGUGGAUGCAAAAGGGUUCUGUUAGAGCUUUAGUUUGCACCUUUGUACCUUUUCAGUGGAUGUACAAGGGUAAAAUUUUUGUGGGCAACGGCCGCAAUGUAGCUCAAGUUCUGAGCUUGUGAAACAUCUAUUGUGUUGCACGUAAGAAAUGAGAGUACUCAAAUCUAGCAGAACACAAGCUCCCCGAAUACAAUGAUUCCUAUUGUUGCUGUAGCGUAAAUUAAUUGGUCGUGUUGUGUCUGUAUUUCAUCACCAUGACGAAUGGUAGUGUCGUGUUUGUAUAUCACCACCAUGGUGAAUGGUUGUGUCCAGGGAUUAUCAACAACAACGUAAGGCUUUUCUCGUAUAAUUCUCUGAGAUCAGCUACUAGGAACUUUCAUCCAUCGAGCAGGAUAGGUGGAGGAGGUUAUGGAGUUGUCUAUAGGGGAGUUCUAAGAGACGAUGCCCAAGUUGCGAUCAAAUGUCUUUCUGCAGAAUCUAGACAAGGAGCAAAUGAAUUUUUGACAGAGAUUAAUGUGAUAUCGCGUAUACGACAUCCAAACCUUGUUGAGCUCCUUGGUUGCUGUGUGGAGGACAAUCAUCGGAUAUUGGUAUAUGAAUAUCUGGAGAACAACAGUCUUUCUAAAUCUUUGCUUGGUUCGAGAAGUAAAUAUGUUUUUCUAGAUUGGCCAACGAGAGUUUCGAUUUGCCUUGGUACAGCUACCGGUCUUGCAUUCCUUCACGAGGAAGCUGAACAGCAAAUUGUCCACAGAGAUAUCAAGGCUAGCAAUAUACUUCUUGAUGCAAAUUUUCGUCCUAAAAUUGGAGAUUUUGGGCUGGCAAAACUUUUUCCUGAUAAUGUCACUCAUCUUAGUACUAGAGUAGCUGGAACGGAGGGAUAUCUCGCCCCAGAAUAUGCGCUUUUGGGACAACUUACGAAGAAAGCAGAUGUGUACAGCUUUGGGGUGCUCUUGCUUGAGAUAAUUAGUGGCAGAAGUAGUAGUAAGGUAGCCUUCGGGGAGCAACUGCUGGUUCUCGUCGAAUGGGUAUGGAAACUAAGAGAAGAAGAAAGGCUCCUGGAACUUGUUGAUCCAGAAUUGACUGCAUAUCCAGAGGCCGAGGUUAUGCGCUUUAUCAAGGUUGCACUGUUUUGUACUCAAGCCACUGCACAACAGAGACCAACAAUGAAGCAAGUUGUGGAAAUGCUUUCCAAAGAGGUCCACCUAAACGAGAAGGCACUAACAAAACCAAGGCCGAGGAUGCAUGCAACUGGAAAAUUUGGCGGUACCAGUUCGUUGGAGGAGACAUCGUCAUCAUCUCAUUCAGAGAAACGCAAGAAAUCAACAGCAAACCCGGAUAUAACUUCCACCAGCUCGUUGAUCUUUGAUGAUUCUGAAACACAAAUACUUCCCAGAUGAUCGUUCACACGGUGUCGUAUAACUGUUUUGCGGGAACGUUGCAAAAGUUCCUGGCUGCUUCACAUUUUUCCUUUUAUUUGUUAGUAUAAAAUGAGUAACAAAGCUUAUAGUAUGCAAGCGGUUGCUGAUUUUUAAUCUUGUUAGGUGACGCGUGAUUUCUUGAAAACUUGUAACGUCCGUAGUGCGACAUUACGUAUCUUGUUGUAUGGUUUAGGCUUCUUUGAGCGACAACCAUGAAGUCCUAUUUGUACUUGGUUCCAUGAGAAAGAACCCCCAUCAAAGUAUCAUUUCUAGGUUUUCUUAAUACAACAAUAUAUUUAUAGUAA